AUGCCUCAACCGGACGGUGAAGUUCAAAUACCAAGACCUUUCGUUCCAGACCCAGCGCCGGGGAAUGAUGCGCCCGAACCACCAACGGGACAACAAGCUCGUCAAUUGACGGCGGAAGAAAAACUUGAGGUAAACGUUUGAGUCGUGUCUACUCGUAUUAUUCGCAUGGUUUCUAUAGUGUUUUUUCUUUUCUUUUUUUUUUGGGUGGGGGUGGUGUUUUCUUUUCAUGUCCCUCUUCUGGUAUUUUCUUGCUCCAGUUUGGUUUACGAUGUAUUUGAUAUCUUGCACGUUUCUGGGUUAUGUAAUGUAAUUAUGUACCAACGCUUAUCCUUCGGGGCGUCCGGAGUUUGUUUGCCGGUUUUGCUCAACUUGUGAGUAAGUCCAGUCCUUUGGGGUUCCUUGUUGUUACUUCCCUCGUAGUUGGGUUUUUGGGUUAUACAUUAGAAUUAUUCUGUACUGUUUGUAACCUGCUUGUUAUUGUAAAUAGAGUAAAUUACUUUUAUGUAUACACGGUAGUGUUGUUUGGAUAGGAUUGUUGUGGCCAGUGAGGCAAAUUGUGAUUUGCCUGCUAUUGUCAUGGCGUGAUUCUCUCAGCAAGGUGUCUGUUUGAUGAUCAUGACUGUGGAAUGCUGUAUGGCCAGUGAAGAAUGUAAUUUACUUGUUAUUGUCAUGACGGAGUUGUUUGGAUAGAAUUGCUAUGGCCAGUGAGGCAAUUGUGAUUUGCCUGCUAUUGUCAUGGCGUGAUUCUCUCAGCAAGGUGUCUGUUUGAUGAUCAUGACUGUGGAAUGCUGUAUGGCCAGUGGAGAAUGUAAUUUACUUGUUAUUGUCAUGACGGAGUUGGGAAAUUAUUAUGAGGCAAUUAUGAUUGGCUUGCUACUGUCGUGGCGUGAUUCUCGCAGCAAGUUGUCUGUUUGAUAUCAUGAUUGUGAAAUGUCAAAAUCAGUAGAGAUUUCGGUAAACUGUGGCGUACGAGUCUUACGCGCGCGAGGUGCGUCCUUAGGGCGUGUGAGCAUUUUUAGCGUCUCUCCCCAAUCUCGCUCUCUGUUUUUCAGCCUCCCUCCAGACCUUUUGUUUCACUGCUCGCGCGUACUUGGAUCAGCAAAAUUCGGACUGUUUUGCAGUCUAAGUGAGGCGCGUAAUUUUAUUGUUACUGUUAUCACAGGUAGCCCAAGCUCGAAAUUUGAGCAUCGGCGAGCAUCGGCAUUGUUGCGUAACAUUCAAAAUAUAAGGAUUUGUAUGGGAAAAAACCUAUCGUUUCCGUAACCUACGAAAAUGAAAGGAUUUCAAUAAAAAACAGCCUACCUUACUUAAAAUGUGUGUUACGUCUCUCCUGUGUGGUCCACGAGCCGAUUUAUGGCCGUUUUAUGGGUUUUUAUGGAAACGGUUUUCUCCCUAUAUAAAGGUUUACCAAGGUUGGGCACUCCAGCGAAGCAGCUCGACUUUUAUAUAGAGAGAAAACCGUUUACAUAAAAACCCAUAAAACGGCCAUGAAUCGGCCCGUGGACCACACAGGAGAGACGUAACACACAUUUUAAGUAAGGUAAGCUGUUUUUUAUUGAAAUCCUUUCAUUUUCGUAGGUUACGGAAACGAUAGGUUUUUUUCUCAUACAAAUCCUUAUAUUUUAAAUGUUACGCAACAAUGCCGAUGCUCGCCGAUGCUCAUAUUUCGAGCUUGGGCUGCCUGUGCUGUUAUUUGUCUGAUAUUGUCUUGAACAUGUCCAACCCAGAUUAGCGAGUUAACGAUUGUGACGGUUGUUCUUGUGUAGCUUGAAAUUUGCUUGUUGUUAUGACGCAAUCGCUGAAUAUUGCCUAGAAUUGAUAAUCAACUUGUGCAGGAGCCGAUUGAGCGAUUUCUUUGUUUUUAAAUUACGUCAUAACACUUUGGCACAAUGAACGUUUAUUUGGUCAGUGAGAUUUGAGGCCUGUUUGCUAAGGCCGUUGUUAACGCCUGAAACUGAAAGGGAAACUUUUUUGUGGUUUUUAUAAUAAGUUCUGUAUAGAAUUUGUCUCGGCUUAUUGCUCUCCAUAGGCGUUGCAGCUUAAGUAUGAGGAGUUAAAGAAGUCCAUGGACGCCCUCACCAAGUCCUCGGUGGAUAACCUUCUGGAGAAGAUUCGUCACCUGGCCUCUCCCCUGUUCCGGAAUUCAAUAGGUUUGAGACCUUAG